UCGAACACUUUGUCAUGAAUGGAUGCAUGCAUGUGCGCUCUCUGUGACGCAAUGUCCGCGCGAGCCUGGCUCUAAUCGCUACUUUAGCUGGUGCGUGUUGCAGUAAAAGUGUUUGGAAUACGCGCGCGGGUGAAGCGCGCAGAGCAUUGCUGCGCCCGAACUGGAUCAGCGCGAGAGGGGAGAGCGGUGCGUGCGCAUUGGUGAAAAGGGGAGAAAGUCGUUUGCCAGUUUGUUACGCACCAUAUGAGCUUCAGAAACCGAGGCAAAUAACGUUUUUUUUGUUAAUUUCACGGACUUAACGGAUGCCCCUGGACAGUGGAAACCAGAGUUAGCCUCUCUUGCUCCUUCAAGUACUUUCUUUGGGAUGGGCUAUUUUCAUAACGUCAUUUCAUUCCUCCCUCUGUUGAAAACAUUGUCUCUUUCUUUGAUUCUUUCUCCCACCAUUUCCUAAAUGGAACAGAUUGCAGCACCCCACGCGUUUUCCUGCCUGCAAAGUUUGGUUUCAAACGUGUACACAGUUUGCGCGUUCUCUUUUGCCUGGCGUCCCUUGAUUUAACGGACUCUAAGUGGAAGUCAGAAGUGGCGGCGGUGGAAGUGUUAAUCAUGAUGAGGCUUACCAUGAUUAACUGUGAAAAAUGAUCCACUAACUUGUCGGUGUUUUGCCACAUUUUCAAGUCACGCGCUCACCUUUCAACAUGAUGUAUUCUCCUCUCUGUCUAACUCAGGAUGAAUUCCAUCCGUUCAUCGAGGCGCUGCUGCCGCACGUGCGUGCCUUCGCCUACACCUGGUUCAACCUGCAGGCCCGCAAGCGCAAAUAUUUCAAAAAGCACGAGAAGCGGAUGACCAAGGAUGAAGAGCGCGCCGUCAAGGACGAGCUCUUGGGUGAGAAGCCCGAGGUCAAACAGAAGUGGGCGUCACGCCUCCUCGCAAAGCUCCGCAAGGACAUCCGGCCGGAGUGUCGGGAGGACUUUGUGCUGUCCAUCACAGGGAAGAAGCCUCCGUGUUGUGUCCUCUCGAACCCAGACCAGAAGGGGAAGAUGAGGCGCAUAGAUUGCCUGCGUCAGGCGGAUAAGGUCUGGCGUCUGGACUUGGUGAUGGUGAUUCUGUUCAAGGGCAUCCCGCUGGAGAGCACGGACGGGGAACGGCUGGUCAAAGGUGGCCAGUGCUCCAAUCCCAUUCUCUGCGUCCAGCCCCAUCACAUCAGCGUGUCCGUCAAAGAGCUGGACCUCUACCUCGCCUACUUUGUGCAGGAGAGAGAGGCUGAACAGAGCAGCAGUCCUCGUACAGGCAUUGGUUCAGAUCAGGAGGACAGUCGAGCAGCCACCAUGGAUGCCCCAGAGUUUCAAGAGAGCUUCAUAACUUCAGGCGUCUUCAGUGUAACAGAACUGGUGCAAGUAUCAAGAACACCGGUGGUGACGGGCACGGGGCCAAACUUCUCUCUCGGAGAGCUGCAGGGGCAUCUUGCUUAUGACCUGAACCCUUCGGGGGUGGGAAUGAGGAGAACCCUGCCCAGCACCUCCUCUAGUGGAAGUAAGAGACACAAGUCAGGAUCCAUGGAGGAUGAUAUAGACACCAGCCCAGGGGGCGAGUACUACACCUCUCCCAACUCCCCCGCCAGCAGUUCACGCAACUGGCCAGAGGAGAUGGAAGGAGGAAUCUCCCCUACAGUUAAGAAGACAGAGAUGGAUAGUCCAUCUCCUCAAGAGAGCUCUCCACGCCUCGGCUUCACACAGCACCACAGACCUGUCAUUGCAGUGCACAGCGGUAUCUCUCGGAGUCCACAUCCCUCCUCGUCUCUGCACUUCCCUGCUGGUCCCAUUCUCCCCCAGACCGCCUCCACCUACUUCCAGCACACGGCCAUCCGGUACCCCCCACACCUCAGCUCUCAAGACCCGCUCAAGGACCUGGUCUCUCUGGCCUGUGACCCGUCCAAUCAACAACCCAGCCCGGCCCUACAGGUUUGGAACGACAUGAGGCUGAAUGGCAGUGGUCAGGUGAAGGUAUCCAGUCACUACAUCUCCUCUCAGAUGCUGGCCCCCCCACCACCCCCCGGCCUGCCCCGUCUGACGCUGCCCCCAGAGUCCAAAUCCAGCACCACCUCUGCAGACGCAGCUGCCAGCUCACCCACAUCCCCCACAUAUUCUGCUCCCGGGACGCCACCUGCCAACCGCUCCUUCGUAGGAAUUGGUUCUCGAGACCCUGGCAGUCUGUAUCAGGCACAGUCCUGGUAUCUGGGGAACUGAUUAUCACACACACAGACGAACCCGAGGAGGCACAGACAUGGAUUUGAAAAAUCAAUUUUUUUGUGGAAUUUACAAGAAAAAAGUUGUGAACGAGAUGCAAGAGGGAAAAUCAGAUAUAUAUGCAGUAUUUGUAUAUAUAUACACACACACACACACACACACACACACACAUAUAUAUAUAUACACAAUAUGUGUGUAUAGAUAUAUGUGCACACAUAUUUAUAUAUGCAUAACAACGUACAGUAUAAGAUGCUUCAAUACACUUUUUUUUGUUGAAAAAAAGACAAUGGAAAUGGAGAAGAGCGUGAGAGAAUUGCCAUAGAUGGAACGGCAGAAAAGAAGACAAAAGAGGAGGAUGUUUUUUCUGGGAGGGCAGCCCGAACUAUGGCGUACAUUGCUGGAAGUGUCGAAAAGGCCCACCCUGACUCCCUGCCUCUUGGAAUGCCUCUCCUCAACCCCCUCCUUCUGCUACAGGUGCUGCUUCCUCCUAUAUGCAAAAUAAGUAUCCUUUAUUUUCUUAACGAACAGGGACGAGAAACCUCAAGGAAAGGGUUUUUCCGCUAGCAUUUCGCCACAGGUUUGGAGGUGAGCAUGGUCUAUUUUUAUUCUUUUUUUAAGUGCGCAAAGGCAACACGACAUGGAAAAGGAAACAUUGAUGCUUCCGUUCACACAGCAUUGUGGAAAAAGAAACAAAAAGGCUCCUUUUCAUCCAGUUUAUUGACAAUCAUGUUUCUGCGUCCUUGGUUUCGUUCAGAGGGUGAUGUUUUCUAAAUUACAUUCUCCACCGUUUGUAACGGAGUCCACUUUUUGGUGGAAGCCCGUCAUGUUUUUUGUACAUCGGAGGAAUAUUAGUGGUACCUCAGUGACAUUAUACAUCACAGUCAGCGUGUAUACACACAUGCACACACACACUUACAUGUAAACACACCUAUAUAGAGGCAAUGGCAUGUACUGUUAAAGGCUACACGAGGUGUGUGAGAGCUGUAAUACAGCCUUCAUAGGAUGAGCCAGGGAAUAGCAGGGGUGAAUUAGCACCUUCCUCUCUUCGCAAUAUGAAAGCCCCUCAUUCCCUGGACCCGCUGUAAGUGUGUGUGUGCGCGUGUGCGUCCGUGUGUUUGUCCUUGUCAUAAACAUUGGUAGUCCCUUAUUCAUCUCUGUGAGUUCACAGAUUAGGGGUUUUUUGAUUCAUGUAGAUCCGUGGAUUUUUCCACAUAGUGACAAAGGGAGUUGAAAUAUAGUUCUGUCAUUACUUAGACAGUAUUGGGUGUAGAGGAUAGAAGUUUUCUCUCUGUGUAAUUUGUUUAAAUUCAUUGGAAAUUACAGGCAUUGCACUACUUUGAAUUUUUAAUUUUCCUCUUUUGCAAAUUCCUGUUCGGCCUAAUCAUACGGAAUGCUGCGAAUCUAUUAUUUUUGUCAUGUUCUGAUCUCACGGUAGAUGAGGGUUGGUUUCCCAGAAGCUAAAAAGCUGAUCAGAACAAUCCUACAUUUUCUAUGUAAAUGUCUCCAUGUUUAUGUGAUUACUUUUAUACAAUUCCCAUAGUUUAAGAAGAAAACAAAACAGGCUUAUCUUUUUCCCCAUGUUUCUAUUUCAAAAAACGAUGACUGUUUUUAUUUUGAAGCAUAUUAUACACUUUAAUCCGUA